UGAUUUAGUCGCUCAUAACAUAUGAUUAAUCGAAGGGAUUUUUGUUUUAAACUAUGAUAGAUCUGGCUUGCAUAUUACGCACGUGAGUGUAACUUGCGACGCAGUGGAUCGUAAACUAACAAACAAAACAAACACUCGAAUUUCGAGUUAAAAGUAUGCGACGCACGAGUUGAUCAGCGUGAUCUUUGUGCAGAACUCACUCGCUGCAUGUUUUUUGUUUUCAAAAUUCACUGAGCAUUUGAUAGUUUUAAUUUUAAAAAAUAUCCAAUCGAAUUCAAAAGAGUGUAGUAACAUUCAAUAAAUCACAGAGGAUUGUUUCACCCCGCAGACAUUCCACAUCAAGAUGGAGAUACAAAAAUAUAUUGUUGUGUUGUUCUUAUUUCUUUAUGCUGUUUAUACGAAAAAAGAAGAAGAAAAUUCAGAAGAGAAAAAACCAAGACAUCCAAAAUUAGUUGAAUACUCCAAAAACGCUCAUAAAAGACCUACAAAAUGCCAAGUGUGUCGUGUGCUUGCACAAGAAUUAUCUAUCGAAGUCAACAAAACUAAAGAUGUGAAAGAAAGCUUGUGGCUAACAAAUCGUCUGGACGGAGAAGAAAAAAUUGACGAAAGAAAUGGAAAGAAAAUUGACUACAAGACUUCCGAGCUGAGGUUAAUGGACAUUUUGGAAAAAGUAUGUAAAAAUGUGGAACAAUAUCGAUCAAUUGCUGGGCCUGAUUUUCCAUAUUUAAAAGGAGUGAAAAGCAUGUUUAGACAACAGUUGGAAGACAUGAUGGGAACAAGUGGGUUAAAACUAAAGUUAGAUGCCCCUGAAUCUAUGGUGGAGGACCCAACGUUUGAAAUAAGCAGAAUGUAUUUCCAGUGCAAUCAAAUGAUUGAAGAAUACGAGGACGAUAUAAUGGAUUGGUACAUACACAAACCUAAAGAUGACCCAUUAGAAUUUCUUUGUGCCGAAAGAGUUUUGAAUCCAAAACAACAUGAUUGUUUAGCGGCGUCCACAGACAUUCCUGAUUUUGCAGAGAAACCAGCAAGCGUGGACAAAAAUGGCGAAAAAGUCGAUUUCCACAGUGGUAAAAAAAUGGAGUUAUAAUUUUUAUUUUUCGCACGCCUUGUAAUUAUUAACAUUUCAUUUUAUUAAUAUUAUUUUCUUGUAGUCUAUUAGUUACAUUUAAAUUGUAAUUUUGUUUUUUGAUAUUUCUGAAUGCAUCAAACACGAUCUUUUUUGAAUGAAAGAGAGUGCUCAUUUUGAGCUAUGCAGA